CGCGGGUGGGGCCGCCCCGUGACGGCAGGUGGAGACGAGGUCGCGCUGCCUGCGGCGGGUUCGAGUCCCUGCGGCGCCGCAGCGCGUGGCGGACACCGGCGGGCAGGUGGGCACCUGGCGGGGCUGCGGGGGCGGCCCCCGGCUCCUUCCGGGUUGGCGGCGGCGCGCGGGGGGCGGGGGGCGGUGCGGCCCGGAGAGCGCCCUGGCCCAGGCCGAGGCCCGCCUCCGCCUCCGCCUCCGCCCGCCUCCGCCGCCUCCGCCGCCAGCCGCCCGCCGGGAGCCGCUCAGCGCGUCGGGCGCGGGGCGCGGGGCGCGGGGUGCGGGGCGCGAGGCGCAGCAUGGGCGGCCCGCGGGCCUGGGCGCUGCUCUGGGCGCUGCUGCUCCGGGGCGGCGCCGCGUGGAGCCUCGGCGGAGCACCCUUCUCCGGACGCAGAAACUGGUGCUCGUACGUGGUGACCCGCACUGUCUCGUGCCACGUGCAGAAUGGCACCUUCCUCCAGCGCGUGCUGCAGAGCUGCCCCUGGCCCAUGACCUGUCCAGGGAGCGGCUACAGAACCGUGGUGAGACCCACAUACAAGGUGAUGUACAAGAUGGUGACGGCCCGAGAGUGGAGGUGCUGCCCUGGGCAUGCGGGAGCCAGCUGUGAGGAAGUUGCAGGCCUCUCUGGCUUUGUGGAGCCCGGUUGGUCGAGCACCCCCGUGCGGCGGAUGGCACUGCGACCCACGGCCUUCACAGGUUGUCUCAACUGCAGCAAGGUGUCAGAGCUGACAGAGCGGCUGAAGGUGCUGGAGGCCAAGGUGGCAGUGCUGACUGUCCCAGAGCGGACGGUGCCCCUGUCUCCAGAGUCCUUCAAGGACCCGGCCCCACUCUGGGGCUCCCCUGCUGCCCAGGGCAGCCUCGGGGAUGGAGGCCUCCGAGAUCAGGUCGGUGCCUGGGGUCUCCCCGGCCCCACAGGUCCCAAGGGAGACACCGGAAACCAAGGCCCAGCAGUCACAAGAGGCCCACCAGGUCCCCAGGGCCCCCCAGGGAGCCCUGGCCAGGCUGGAACUGUGGGAGCCCCUGGAGAGAGGGGCCCUCCAGGCCCCCCAGGACCUCCAGGCCCUCCUGGCCCCCCGGCACCCGUUGGGCCUCCUCAUCAGAGGAUCUCUCAGCAUGACCCCUUGCUGUCCAACACCUUCACUGAGACCAGCAGCCACUGGCCCCAGGGAUCUGCUGGCCCUCCAGGCCCCCCAGGACCCGUGGGUCCUCCGGGCCCCCCUGGGCCUAUGGGCCUCCCUGGGAGUCCUGGACACACGGGACCCCCAGGCCCCACUGGACCCAAAGGAAUCUCUGGCAACCCAGGAGAGAAGGGUGAGAAAGGGCUUCGUGGGGAACCUGGCCCCCAAGGCUCCAUGGGGCAACAGGGAGAACCUGGCCCCAAAGGAGACCCUGGUGGGAAGAGCCACUGGAACCAGAGGGGUCGGGGGCAGACCUCCUUGGCGACACGGGCACCCCUGGCCUCCUGCGGGGCAAGAGGGGAGGACAUGCAGGCAGCUACAGGAUCGUGGCCCCCAGGAGCCGCAAGGAGAGAGACUGAGGGUGGCGGCCCCCCUGCCCACCCCAGGGCCUGCAGCCUGACUUAUCAACACCCCCAGGGUCCCUUCCUCAUCUGCAUGAGCUGCUGGGGGGUGGGCCUAGUAGGGCGAGAGGCCAGACCCAAGAGGCCUGCUGUCCCGGGGAGCAGGGGACGCCAGGUUCUAGGCUCAUCUCUUGAUCCACUGUGGGGGGCUUCCAGGCCCGCAGGCACAGAGGAAGUCGGGAACUGGGGCUCCCCGACACUCAGCACACGCAGGGGUGGUGUGUCCUCCUCCCCCGUCCCAGCCUCACCACCUGCACCCCUCCUCUCCUUAUUUUCUGGUGCUGGGUUCCAGACCCCAAGGUCGGGCUGCUUGCCCUGACCUGACCUUCAGGGAUAACUUGCCUGGUUCAGCCCCUAGGUCCUGGGGUGGGGGUGGGGACAGAGAGAAGGGGCCACCUGUUCCACACCCCCCUGUGACCGUCAGGGAGGACCAUGGACCAACCAAUAAAGGUCCCAGCCUGACAACCCUC